AUGACCAUCGCCUAUCCCAAUGGAAUUCCAUUGAGCUUAGCAACACUAGGAUUCGGAAGUCGCGAAAAAUGCGAUAUCGCCGUGAAUUACAAGAUGUACGAUGCUAGUGAAGUCCCAUUCCACGAUGACGAGAAGUUACGCGAUUGGAUGUAUAACGUCUAUAAGGAGAAGGAUGAAAUGCUAGCCAAUUACUAUGCAACAGGAGAGUUUCAACCAGGAGAGAGAGGCCAACGGAUAUCAUUCUCAUUAGCAAAAAUCAUUGGGCAAUACAUUUUCUGGUUCGGAUCUUUCUAUGUACAAUAUAAGGUUUAUGGGUGGUUGAUCGUGCAGGCAAUCGCACUGCUUCUAGCACCAUUUAACUGGGCCUCAGUUUGA